GAAUUAAUGUGUAAUCGUAACGAGCGAUGGAAACUGACAAUCUUGUCUUCAGGAAACUAAACUGAAAAUACAAUUUGAAGUGAUCUAGAACCAGGCAGUAGCUGGGGACUGGUGAUCUACAUGUAACUGUAGAACGGCUAGGUUUUAACGACGUCACAGAGAGGUAAGAUUAUACAAGGGGGGGGGGGGGGGGGUGUGUGUUAUAUGUCAAGUGCCUGCAUGCACUGGGAUUGAAAAAAAUUGAGAAACAUGCAAGUGUUUUAUAUGCUCCAAACCUUAUUGUGGUGAUGAUUGCAUGGGAAAAGUUUGUUAUCGAAUGAUAGUUUUUGAAAGAGAUCGAGCAAAAAGAACAUUUUGAGGUGUAAUGAAUUGAGAGGAUAUUGUUUCAAUAUUUUUAGGUGACAUAGAUUAUAAGUUUCAGGACACCUGCACUCCUGGGAUCUUGAGAAUUAAGAUCAGGGCAAAAACUAUCAAAAUUGACCAAUUUUCAAAAAUUUUCUUCUCUACAAUCUCACAUCUGUUGAAAAAAAACCCAGUCACAUAGAGCAGGAAGGCCUCUGCCAAAAUUGUUUUAAUUUCAUGAUCCUUGGGGUAGAGAUUCUGAGUACAAUGCACUCACUCCUGGGCCAAACUUUACAUAAAGUAUUUAUUUGUAAAACAUUUGAAUAACAUCUUCAUUAGUGCUAUUAGUACUGAAUAGAUAUGUUUAAGGAUAUGCGGGACGAUGAUCACGUGAUGGUUGCGAAUUUAUUAUAAAUUUAGAACCGGACGCAGCAUAGUUAAAGCUUCCCGAGAAAAAUCACAAUGCUGUGCAGACACACUAUAUGACGUCAUAAUAAAAAAGUACGUCACGACGUUGUAUCGCGGGGAAAAUGUCAUCAUAUUUUGUCGUAAUUUGCUACCGCUGUCAAGUGUCAUGUGUAAAUCUGUUGAUUGAAUUCUUGUCUAAUGAUAAAUUUUAUUUUAUUUCGUAGUGAUGACAAGUCUCUUUUUCACAUACAUUGCAUAUAUUAUAUAUAUGUAUAGUAUGCGCCACAGUAAUUUUGAUAGUAUAGCCUAUAAGUCACCGAAAUCGCUCCUACAUGCACAUGCAAUUUGCAUCUCUAGGCAUUUACAAAAAGAAAAUCAACCAUCUGUAAACAAUGCUUCAGUGCAAGUGUAAGAUGAUGAUCGUUUGUUGAUAUUUACUAUGAUAGUGUGAAACUAGAACUGGACACACAUUUCUCCGAAUCUUGCUUGGGAAACUUACGAACUAUUCAGGUGCUUUUAUAAUAGAUCCUUGUUUGCGAAAAAUACCCCCCCCCCCCUUAUAAUGACAAUCAUUACUUUUUGUCAAAUAUUAACGUCCAUACUAGGAAUGUUUAAUUUUUGCAAGCAUUUUCAUGUAAAUAUAAGUACACUUUAUCUCUCAAACUAUUUCAUAUUCCAAAUUAUUUUUACUAACUUUACGAAACACUGCUGUGGAAAUGGUAACUAAUGUAAAAAAAAAAAUACGACACACGUCGGAAUGUAUGCGAGAAGCAGAAGUGUGAAAAAGAAAAAGGUGCAAAGUCACAACAUGUGCGAUACAUAAAUACCUUGAAAAAUAGCAUGGAGAUGAUCGAGUCAAGUGACAUUAGCUACCAUGGCCGCGGAAAUGCUGUUGAUCUUGUAAAGGAAGUAGUAGCUCAUAUUGAUGUUAACUAGACCUAACCCGUGGUUUGAAAGAAGACGUAUUGUUUAGAGCUAGACUAGACGUUUUGUUCGAAGUCAUAUGUUUAAUAUAUACAUGUAUAUCUUAAAAAAUUAAAUUUUAAUUUGUUUUCAUUAACUCAAUUUUUGUUCCAUAAUCAUGAAAAUUCUAAAUAUUUCUGAAUCAAUAGGUUCAAAACAAAUAUAGUUUCUAACAAUGUAUUCCAAAACAGGCACGAAGAAUUAGGCUACCCCCCCCCCCCUCCCCCAGUCUUUGACAAUGAGCUUUUUUUUGUAGUGCAAAUAAAUUGAGACUGUCCCAUCCCCCAUUACUUUUAACAGUAGUUGUACAUGAAAAGAAUAUAAGCUUGAAAGUUAUUAAUAACAAAUAUUUCGCCAAGCCUAACCCCAAGUGAACAUAUCAAUGUAUAACUUCAAGGACGCCUACCUCAAAAUCAAGAUUAGCUUCACCCCUUCAUAUUUCUACAGGAAGUUAGGUAUAUGAAUAGCUUUUAAUUGCAGUGUUUGCAAAAAAAUUCAUUGACAAGUUUUUGAGCAGUGCUUCACUUAGUAUCUGGACUACCCUGUUUUUGAGUACCAAUUUCCACCCCAAAUCCUUAAAUUUUCCCAAUUUCUUAUUAUAUGGUUAUGUUUAAGCAUGUUAUUAUUAUAUAUUUUGCAUAUAUUCUAAAGAUUAUUGUAAAAGAUAUAGAUAAAAAUUCCAUCAAAUUAUUUGUUUUGAAUUGAAAAUCGGAAUGAUCUUGUAAAAUUCACAAUUUUCGAAAAGGGGGGUAAUUCAAAGCUUAUUAUCUCCCUUGUAUACCUAGAAAGUUACCAUGAAAUUUAUACACAUUGUACAGGACAUCCUGAUGGUGCUUCAUGAAAAAAAGAAGAAAUAUUCAGUGACGAGUUAUUUUUGGCCACAUAGCUGCAAUAAUGUAGCCCUCUCUGAUUUUUUUUUUUUUUUUUUUUUUUUUUAGGGAGAGGGCUACAACUCCUUAGGAUCUCUGUAAUGGUGCAAAUGCGGGAGUGAUUCACUCCCGCAACAUUUGCGCUCAUUCUAAACAUUUCCUGACUUUCUUUACGUAAAUAAAAUGAUAUUCUAAGUUUCUUAGUCAAUAUAUAAAUUUACAACCUGCAACUUUAGAUUUGUGAGGCUCUAUUCUACCGUUUUCAGCAAUUUCGAUAAAUUCCAAUUUCUCGAUUCAUAUUUGUGAGCCAUGUUUGAUGUACUGAAGUUUCAACUUCCGGUUGUCAAGUCAUUUGCAUAUGCCAUAUAAGGUAGUAUUUACAUCAAUGGACAAGUAUGGAGGCGAAAACUAUUUCGUCGGUAUUGAAAAGGUUUGAAUUUAAUAUCAAGUUAAAAGCCGAACAGCAGAGUGUAAAUUCUUUCUGCAACAAUAUCAUUUUCCUUUCUUUGUCGAAGUGGCUCGAGUAACUACAUUUUCGCGCUGAUUGUCAAUGUUUAGGCUUUUCAUUAGAUCCACCUACGAGAUCUCGCGAUAACAAGCAUGGCGGAGCAGACGAAGAAUUUUGCAUGCUGUACAUUAUAUUUAAUGAAAAACACCUUUAUUAGACAUGCCUGAGCACAAAGUUUGUACUCCUUUUGGUGUAAACAACAUUUGGGACUAAUACACAGAGUUUAUUAUCGGUUAUCAUUAAAAUUAUUUUGCACCAUUACGGAGAUCCUAUGGAAUUGUAGCCCUAUCCCGAAAACGUCAGUAUAAAAAAAAAAUUGGAUAGGGCUACAUUAUUGCAGCUAUUGGCCACAUUGUCCCGCAUGUCCUUUUAAAGGAACAGGUAGUCCUUUUACCAAAACUGUAAAUUUCAUGAUCCCAGGAGUAGAGGAUUUGGUACCAAGGUGGGGCCAAAAAGGUCAUAGUGGUUAAACGACUUUAUCAUUUAACUAAUGAUUAUUGGCACCUUGCAUUACUUAGAAAUGCAGAGUAGGAAAAUUAUAGAUUUCAUAGCCCUUAGGGCAAGUGAUAGUUUUAACUUAAUAAUCAGGUGACCGAUAAGGCCUGUGGGCCUCUUGUUAUUUUAGACAGCUAGAUACAAGGGUUGAUCCAAAUGUUUGUGGAAUUUCUCUAUAACUUUUUAUGCCUCACCAUGAAUAUUGCCAGAGCAUAUAGUGUUUGUCAUAUCCAUCUUCCAUCCUUCUGUCCAUCCUUCUGUCCUUCCAUCUGUCCAUUCAUCACUUUUUGUGUUUAGCUUAGUUUCAAAGAAACUACAUUGUAUUCCAGAUAUUUUUAUCAAACUGUAUAUGCUGAUACAUAUUGGUAACAUUUAUUCAAAUGCAUCAGUAUUUUUAUACCUUGACAUUUCCUUUGACCUUGACCUCACUUUUCCAUAGUUGGUGUUUUGUUCAGUUUCAAAGCAACUGUUGAAAAUAUUUUUAUGAGAACUCUUACAUUGGUACAUACAUUAUGUAUUAGUUGUAGCUAUUCAACUGUGUCAUUAUUUUCUGACCUUGAAAUUCCCUGUGACCUUGACCUCACUAUUCCCUAUUUGGUGGUUAGCUCAGUUUCAAAGCAAUUAAUGAAGGAUUAGGUAUUCUCAUUUCUUCGUGUAAUUGUAUCAAGAAAAUACCAUUACAUAUAUUUAUUUACAGAAUUCUGAAAGAAAGUUUUCAAAAAUUCAAAUCCCUAUUAUUAGCAAAACAACCUAAAAUGACAUACCAGUGUUACUUAUUGGUGAGAUUUUCAAAGUGAUUAACUAUAUGAGACAGCUUUCAAAAAGUCUACUUGUUCUCACUUACACAAAAAUUUAAAAAUCAAGACCGAUUUAUGGUUCUACUUUAAAUUUGGCCUUUUGCAAUGAACUGAUGCAACUACAGGCCCUUCUUAUUAUUCUAUCUUAUUACUCUGACCAUAGUAUAGUCACGGUUAGUUACAAAGGAAUAAAUACCAAUUAAACUGUUUUUAUUAUCUUAACAUUUAAAUACAUUUUUGUGAAGAUGCAUGAAAUGAUAUGAGAGAUCAUCUGUAAAUUUGCAACACACAGAGAAAAUGUAUUUAAAACACCAUAUUGCUGACACGUGUACAUAUUCGGGAUAAAUCAACAGAGUGGUUUCAAAUAUGUGGUUGAUAUUGUUGAUGAAAAUGGUAUUAAACCCAUUGAAUGGUUUUACAAUAAUCUUAGAAUAAAAAAGGUUUGAUUUAACGCAAAGUUCAAAAUCCUAAAAUGUGAUAGUUGGCAUCCUUGAGUGCAUGAAUUCAUGAGAGAAAAAAUGGGUGAAAUGUAAUAUGAAACCAAAAUUAUGUCUUAAUAUCAAUUGAUUGAACUAUGAUAAAACAUUGAGUGCAAGUUCCAUUGAUUUUACUGAUAAAUAUUAACAUUCGAUUUUGUGAUUUAUAACAUCAUUAGAGGGCAUUAAAAUUUGAUCAAUUAUUUAAUUUUGUAAAAUUCUUGGAAACACCCUGACUCAGCUGCAUAAAUUGAUAACAGAGGCAAGACGAAACGAUAGUAAGCAACUCAUGUUCAAGUGAACAACAGAUUCAAGAAGGGAAGAAGUUUAGUGGAGGAUGAAAAGAUGUGUGACUGAGAGUGUUCAUGGACUUGGUCCACUGACGCACUGUGUGGAAUAUUGUUGCUGAAAUCUGGAGCUUAUAUAGAACAGUGUAGUGCAUUUCAAAAUUCUAUCUAAUUAUAAAGAACAUUAAUACGAGAUGAGUGCUACACUUCUUUCUGAGGCAGAGAUGGAGAAGAGGAUCCAGUAUUCUCGUAAGAUUUUAAGACAAGGCUGCUGAAUGUAACAUGUUGUUUUAAAUGUCACGUCACGUCAAAAACUCCCCCAGAUUUCGCAACAAUGUGUAUUUUAUGCUGUUGUAUUAUCACAAAGAAUUUCUAGAAAAAAAGUUCCACAAACUUUUGGAUCAACCCUUAUGUAUAUGGAGUAAUUUGUAGGAGUAUAGCAAAGUCCUUUCAGGUUAUGUAAAAAUAUUGAUUUUCAAAUAUUUGAGGACAAUAUAGGCAAUCCACUUGGUAGGGAAUCCACUUAGUAGUGUCAUAAAUUGUCAUUAUAUUGAUUCAUUCUAUUGUUUAUACAUUGAUCGAGUGAAAAAAAAAGAAAAAAAGAAGGAGUAUUGUGGUGAAGAUGCUGCACAGUAAAGUGUGAAGAGUUAAAGCAAUGGUAUCUCCAUGGCGAUUACGUAUAUUUCCCAACAGUCGGCAGCUCCUGGUGGUUGCCUGCAUACUUUUUUUCUUCUGGUGUAUGACUCUCUAUCGGGUUUCCAAUAUCAGUCCUACCAGACAGAAAGAAAGCGAAGUACUGAAGAAUGAAAUAAUCGGCUUAAGUGAGAAGUAUGUCCGUGCUCUGUCGAGGGAGAACAAUGAUAUAGUGGAUGGACCGUAUGCUGGGCGAUUUACUGCUUAUGAUCUGAAGAAAACAAUGGCUGUUUUAUUGGAAAGCAUGCUGGAACGACUAAGUCGUUUGGAGGUGCAGGUUCACCAGGUGAUAAACAUGUCCAACUCCUCCAUUGUCAAUCUGACACGCCCCCUGUUGACUGACCAGACUGAUGACUCUCUCCAUGCUGAAGGAACUACUGAGACAUUGGGUGUCCCAGAACUCGUUAAUAACAAGGAGAAGCAGCUAGAUUUAAUUCUUGGGAGGACAGAGGCUUGCACACUCACUGAACAAGACAAACAAGUAUACUCAAAAUGUGAAGGAAAGCUAGAGUGGAUGCGGCAGAUGUGGCAGUCUGACGCUUGUUACGCCUCGUAUGGAGUGGACGGAUCAGAGUGUUCAUUUCUAAUGUAUCUCAGUGAGGUUGAAGGAUGGUGCCCAAAAAGGACCUGGAAGAAAAGUAUCAAAGUCCCUGUGGAAGAUGUUUCCAAAAUUCAAUAUGCUGAUAUAAAUGAUAACAUAGAAGAUUUGAUGAAGAUAUUGGUGGAUCCAAAUGAGAGACAGGGGUAUGCUUGGAUCAGAAUGAGGGUUCGCAAAAUGUGGCCAAAGUGGGUGACUGCUGUCAACAGAUUAAAAACAAAACAGGACCUGAACAAACGCAGACGGAAAAAGAUACUUGUUCAUUUGGGGCUUUUAUCCAAACAAUCUGGCUGGGGAUUCGCAGAAAAUCAAUUUAAAGGUGGUCCUCUAGGAGAACUCGUUCAGUGGAGUGACCUUAUCUGUACAUUGUAUGUGUUAGGACAUCAGCUGACCAUCACCAGUGAAACUUAUCAGCUGGAAAAGAUUCUGAGUCAGCUGCCUGCUGCUAACUCUCCGUGCCAGAGCAGGAAGGACCUUCCCGUUCACAUCAUCUACACAGACAUUGUAGGACUACGGCAAUUCAAGAGAUAUGUUAAAGGAGGCUAUGGUAAAUUCAGCUGUCUGCUUAGGAUUGUGGACUCAUUUGGCACAGAACCAGCUUAUAAUUUACGAUCAUAUGCUAAGGCCCACAAAAUACUGACAUCAUGGGGAGGACAGGAUCUUCUGCCACAGCAGCUCUUCACCAUGUUCCCUCACAGUCCUGAUAAUUCCUUUAUGGGAUUUGUGGUGGAGCAGCAUUUGAAUGACUCAGAUGUGAAGGGAAUUAAACGAGAGAAUUGGGCAUUGAUUUAUGGAAAGAAUGAUUACAUGUAUGAGAAUGAGACCAGAGUGAAUGUUUUCAGGGGCAAAAUAGAUUACUUGGAAACAAUCAAAAGAAGCCUGGAAGUUCAUGGUACGGUGUAUGUGGAUGAAAAGGCCAAAAAUAGACAGUCUUUUGUACCCAGCUUUGUCAUAAAUCAUGGCCUGCAAAAGCCUGAAGAUUUUCAUGUACUUCUAAGAAAAUCCAAGGUUUUUGUGGGCUUGGGAUUUCCCUAUGAGGGCCCUGCUCCUCUGGAGGCCAUAGCAAAUGGUGCCAUUUUUAUCAAUCCCAAAUUUUCUGUACCUCAUAGUAGUAAAAAUACACCAUUCUUCAAAGGCAAGCCAACAGCCAGAGAGCUCACAAGUCAACACCCAUAUGCAGAACUGUUUAUUGGUGAACCAUUUGUGUACACAGUCAAUAUCAAUGAUCAAAAGGAAGUCAUGCACACCAUGGAUAAAAUUCUUUUCAACAAAGAGUUCAAACCACACAUGCCGUAUGAGUUCACUGAAGAGGGCAUGCUUCAAAGAAUGAAUUCCUACAUCGAACAUCAGAAAUGGUGUCAGUUCCAGAAACAGGAGGCUAAAUGGCCUCCAGAAUCGGCCUUAUCUUAUGUAAUGGGAUCAGAAGGCCAGUCAUGUAAAGAUGCAUGUUGGGAUAAAGGUCUAAUUUGUGAACCUAGUCAUUUCCCACAGAUAAAUUCAGCUCGUUCCUUAAAGCAAGCUGAAGUGGAAUGUAGUCAAGAGGACUAUGUGGCAGACAUUUUCUACCCGGGUUAUGACCCAAACACCAUGGAGUGUUCCAUCCAGCGGGAGGAAUUAUUAUUCAGCUGUGUGGGCAAAAAAAAUAAUUUUCGUCGCUACUGUCCGUGCCGAAACUAUAUAAAAGGACAGACGGCUCUGUGUAAACAGUGUGUCUGAGUCACACUACUGGCCAAAAUGUACGUGUUGUCUUUUCCCAGACCUCUUACAGUGUAGUAAGCAGCCACCUGCUACAUCAAGUGCAUUGAUCUUCCAAUUACUGCAAGCCUUUUCACGUGUGAUUCAUUUAUUUUGUAUAUAGAUUAUGGAGGAUUGAAUCUUCCUUAUGAAAUAUUUGAAUGAAAAGGCAGGUCUCUCCUCAAAGUUUGAAUGGUCAGUCAAACAUUUUUAUCUUAAUGAUUAAUAUUCUAGUCUUAAAGUAUUGUAGCUUGAUGAGGAAAAUUGCUGUAAUUUUGAUCAGUGAUACUUGGGUAUAUAUUUAUUUUGUAUGUUACAUAUUUCUUUUACUUGCAAUUGAAUAUUUAAGAAAUCAAAAAUUAAUGUGCUAGAUAUUUUUUUUAUUUUAUUAGUAAUUGUACAAAUUUUAGAAUUAAGAAGUGCAUGAUAAUUAAAUGUGUGUACAAGAAUUUGCAUAUGCCCAUUCACAUGGUAAAUUUCAUAUUUAAAAAAUAAGUUUUGAUAGGAAAGCGAAAAUUACAUGCAAGUCACUAUAAAGUAUUAAGAGAAAUGAGGACCUGUUUGAAUGUCUUAAGUUAUUUUCAAGGCCUAGUAAUAGGAGCUCUAUGUUUUUAUAUUUCACAUGUGGAAUGAUCUCCGAGUAAGUUGUAUUGUAGUACAUAUUGUAAUGUCAGAGAGUUGAUAUAAAACUGUCUGUUAUAUGAGACAUUGCAUGCCAAAUUUAGAGUACAUGUAUUGUACAUGCAUAUUUUUUGCAUCUAUCACUGUACAUUCAAGAAAUACCAUCAAUACGAAGUAGUCAGAAGUUUAUUUUGUCUCAUGUGAGUAGAUACUGUAUCCCUACUCAUAUUCAGUGCAGUGGUAUGUCUCAGUCUAUUGGUCAAUGAAUUCGUGCUUUCAGUGCGGUGCUAUGUUGAUAUGUGUACUAGUAUGAUAUUUAUGUUUUGGCGACGGGCAUGAAUUAGCAUACUAAUCUGAUGAUUUAGCGAUAAACACAAAAUAUAAAUAUCACAGGUCUAAAAGACACAUUCAGUAGUAGGCCUUACUCUCAGAAAGGGAAUAGAUGGUCAAAAGAGUUGUAAGCUCACCUGGGUUAAAGGCUCAAGUAAGCUAUUCUGAUCCGAACUUGUCCAUCAUCUGUCAGUCCUUGUUAUCUUUUUGCAUUCUUCUUAAUAAGAACUUUUGAGCCAAUUUCAACCAAACCUGGCAGCAUGCAUUAUCUUUUGGUUAAGGGAAUUCAAUUUUCGUCAAAUGAAAAAUCAUUUCCCUUUCCAUGGUGGAAAUAAUGGAGAAAUAAGGAGAAAAUAAAACUCCCCAAAAACUAGAAAGCUAAAAUUUGCAUUAAAGUUUGAUGUAUAGGAAAGAUGCAAGUUUGUUCAAACCAUCAGGGCCAGUGCCAGGGUGGGUUCAUGAUGAGGAUUUAAAGUUUUACAUGUAAUUAUGGAAAAUGUAUAGAAAUCUUUUAAUUAAGCCACAAAGAUGCAACUUGUCAUAUCAAUUAAUUGCUAAGCAUUAAAUUUCAUUUCUAAAAAAAAAUAUGAGGGUAUGAACUGCAAUGCUUUACACUGGCAUACUUUUCGUGAAGCGCUAUAAACACACAUCAUGAAGUAUGCUGGUGUAAAACAUCUCAGUUCAAGCCCUCAUGUAUUUUCAAAAAUGAAAUUUAUUUCUUAAAUAUCUAUCAAAUAUUUAAUAUUCUCCUUCUCAAGAACCUUAAGACUACCUUUAGUCGGGUGACUAUGUAAGCAUUCUGAUGAAGUGUAGAAUCAAAUUUAUUCAAACCAUGACCCCUGUUAUUGGGGUGGGGCCAACUGGAAUAUUUAGGUAAAGAUCUUUGAAAUCUUGUGAGGAACAACAUGGCUAUUUAAUGUGGCUCAAUGAUAUUGAUGCAUUUUCAUGUAAUAUGCAUUUUACUUCUGCUUUUGCCACACACCCUCUCCACUAUGCAAAGGAUGAGGCCACUGCAAGGGGCAAUAAAUAAUCAGAGGUUCUUUAAAACACACACCUCAUCAACAAUGAGGCUAUACAAUUGGCCAAGAUAUAUCAUUUUCUCAGUUUAAUGUCUGCAAGUAAUUACUUUUUCCUAAAAACCUUGCACAAGAGGGAUACAUUUACACCCAUCUUGUCUUAUGUUCUCCUAGUAUGAGAAAUAUUUUUUUAGAAGAACUUCAAAUAACCAAGCAUUGCUCACUUUUUAGUAUAUUUUACCUGUGGCCAGAGAUGUCAUUGACCAACAAUUCAGUAUUUUCAUCAGUUUUUUGCAGAUCAUUGAGUGGGUUAUGGAUUUCUUUUCUUUCUUUGGGAGGGGGGGGGGGGGUAGGCUUGUGGGAGAUCCUGUUCCAAAAAUGUUGCAUCAUUAUUAUAAUGUUCCAAACAUAUGAGUCCCAUCUGUGUAUGAUCAAGAUGACUCAGGUGAGCGAUGUGACCUAUGGAGGUCUUGUACUUUCAUGAGGUCAAGGUAAAGCUUGUUUUGUUUGGUAUUUUUCAUUAGUAUUAAGAAUAUGAUAUGAUUUUGAUAUAAUGAAUUAUUGAUUGUGAUUUUACUGACUUUUCACAUAGCUUUAUUAUAUACUUCACUAUCAUUUUAUGUGAGCAUUUACCAGAGUAUACCAGCAUUUUUUUUUAUCAGAACUUGUUAAUGUUUAUACAUAUAUAUGUGUUAGAGUACCAUAUUGUUAACUGUUUGUUACCUGUUUUGAUGUCAAGUUAGUGGAAUUUGUUUGAAUCACGUUGAACUUUUUUAUACCAUGCCCAUAAUUUAUUGCUUUAAAUUACAUCAGGUGAAUUGUAUUUAAAUGUAUACAUGUACUUUGUUGACGGAAUCAGAAUGGCAUGUAGUGUUUGUUUAAUGUGUUGUCUGCAGAGUAUACUAAAAAAAGAGAAUUUUGGUCUGUUGAUAGUCACCAGCAGGUAGAAAUUUGAAUAAUUCUCUAUACAUGUAAUGUGUAAUGGGGUGGAGGACUGAAAUAUUGGCACAAAAACUGUUUUGUAUUCUGCCAUAUGCACAUGAUGUUGGUUAUGCAAGUCUUGACUCAUUCUUACAUUUAUCUCAUUUUAGAGGAAACUGUAAAGAUACCUUCAUUAUACAUGUACUAAUUAUGAACACAUAAAUACAUUUCAUCCAUGCAAAAAUAUGAUGUCAUAGACCUUCCCAAUAUUGAUUGAAGACUGACCGAAGGAGCUUGUAUGCAAUGAUAAGGUGUCCUUUUUUUUUUAAACCCCCCCCCCCUUCAGUUUUUUUUUUUCAAGAAGACAUUGUACACAUGAAAACUGUGUAGGGAUAUGUAAUUCUGUCCGUAGGUAUUUAAUUUCAAUGAACAAUAUGGUUGCUGUUACCAAAAAUAAAUUACUGAGUUAAAAAAUCAUUCAAAUUUCAAAUUGCUACAAUUUUGGUCUGAAUCCAGUGAGACUUUGUCCAUAUUGAGACUGCAUAAAAUUACAUACUGAAAUCAUAUAUAUUAAAUUUUCAUUCCUAUGGCUGCAAUUUAUCAGAUCAUUUCAUUAACAAAAUUCUAAUACUUCUACAGCUCUUGUUAGCUCACCUGAGCCAAAGGUUCAAGUGAGCUUUUUCUGAUCGAACGUUACUUGUAUGUCAUUGGCAUCAAAAACUUUUCACAAGUUCAUCUUCAGAACCACCUGGCCAAUUUUCAACCAACUUCGUACAGAGUAUCCUUGGGUGUAGGAAUUCAAGUUUGUUCAAACGAAGGGCCAUAUCCCCUUGGAAGGGGAGAUAAUCAAAAAAGGCCAAAAAUAGGGGGGGAGGGGGGGGGGGCAUUGAAAACUCUUCUUAUUAAGAACCACUAAGAGGAUCAUGAUUAGUUAUAUGAAUAAGUAAGCAGCCCCUGGUAGUUUAGAUUUGUUUGUUCCAAUCAUGGCCACUGGGGGCAGAAUGUGGCCACAAUAAGUGAACAAUGUUUUGAGGAAAAACUGUUAUAAUCUCUUUCUCAAUAGCAACAGUGUCAUGGUUAGUUACAUUAAUACGCAAGAAGUGCAGUUUCAGAUUUGUUCAAUUUGUGGCCUUAAGGGUCGGGUUGGGCCACAGUAGGGGAUAAAAGUUGUACAUAGGAACAUACAUGUAGUAAGAAGUCUUUAAAAUUUUCUCAUGAACAAAUCAUGGCUCUGGAAGGUAUGUAGGGUGGGCCCAAUUUGAGAUAAAAAAAGAUUUAAAUUUCAAUAUAUGGGAAAUGGUUUUUAAAGGGACUGGUUCACGAUUUUUGAACGAAAUAUUUUUUAUUUUUUAUGUGAAACAUUAAGAAUAUAACUCAUUUAAUGUUGACAGCCAACAUUUUGACCUUCUGAAUGCAAAAAUAAAAGGAAUAUUUUAGCUUUAAAUCUGUGUUAUGUAAACAAAGACUCGAGUCUUUUCAUGUAUACAAACACACCAGUGAAAUGUUAAUUUUGUAAUAUAAAGCAUCAAAAUUUUGCAUAGUCACAAAUUUUAACUUUUAGAUGACACAUUUUACCCGAAGAAUGCUUGAAAUGUGAAAGAUAUAAUCAACUUAGAUCGAUAACCAUUUCUUUUAAAAAUUUCGUAAACAAAAACAUACCGCAAUCUUUGUUUACAAAACAAACAAUGAACUCUCUAAAAUGAGCUUCUGUGAUAAUGUAUAACCUUAAUUUUUGUGUGAAAUCUUUUAAACACAUUAGACAGUGGAUUCUGAUCAUCAAAAGUGAAAAACAAAAUUUUGGGGAAAAUCGUGAAUCAGUCCCUUUAAAAUCUUUUCAAGAACUACAGGGCCAUGAUAAGUCAUACUGGUAUGCAAUCAUCCCCAGGUAGGGCAGAUUCAAGUUUGUUCAAAUUAUGAAAAUCAUAUUAGGUAAAUAUGCAAUAAUUCCAAUUCCCAAUUUUGUUCUUCAAAUUACAGACUUGGGGAUAAGGUGGGGUGAGAAACAAGGAUCAAAUAUUACAUAAUACAUGAAGAGAGGGAAAAAAUCUUCAGAACAGCAAGACCAUGUUAGUUAUAAUGAUAUUGAAGCAUCACCAUGUUGUGUGGAUUCAAGUUUAGUUACGUCAUGACCCGAUCAUAUCCAGCCAAUUUUUGUCAAAUAUUGCGUGGGGUUUGGUCCCAGUCCUCCAGACUAGUGCAUGUGUACAUGAAUAUCCUUGAUGAAAAUGAGAAAGUUUUCUUCUACUUUUAUUGUAUGUCUACGAUCUUUUCUGUAAAGGGAAUGUUUGACUUUAAAUAUAGAUGAAUACAGGUAACCAUAUGUAAACUAAUUCCCAGAAAAACAUACAGGGAUUUAAAAAAAAAAAUGUGGAAAUGCAAGAUGGGUGGUCUGUAAGACCUAACCAGUAGAGCUACAGUAGAAUGACAGACAUUUUUUUUGUUGUAUUUUCUAAUACCUCAUUUUCAUAAACAGCACGCAGAUUACUAAACAAAUCAUGGUAAAUUUUGACAGUCUUUUGCCUUCACGUGCAUCUAUAUUACAUGCAUAUCCUUUUCUCACCAAAGUGAAUAAUGAAAGGUUUUAUGAAUUAACAGUUCACUGAAUUUAGUUAUUGUGCAGGCAACACAUUUUCACAAAAAAUGCCUGUCAACAUCAGAUACCUGUAGUUGACAAUUACAAAAUUAACCUUUGUCAUCAUCGGAGGAUGAGGAGAAAGAGUUUCUGGUAGAUAGGGUGCGAGAGAAUUUACAGCCAGUUCAAAUGAUGUAUGUCCAAUUUUUGACAAACUUUUGAUAACCCACAUGUUCAUAUAGAUACUGCAGGCAGUUUUAUAUUCGCUCCAGUUUCUUUUCACAUUUUCUUAUAGAUAGGUUGAUACAUAUGUAAUGUUACUUUAACAGAUUCAUAUUUAACACCAAAAUUAAAUUGCAACAAAAAUAAGGCUUUAUAUACAAUAUCUGUGAUGUGACAGCCAAAAAGUAACGUUAUUGUUAUACAUACAUGUAUAAGAUUGCUUGAGAUUCGAGGACCAUAAAAGAGGUUGAGAAAAUAAACUUGUGUAUCCGUAUAUAUACCUGUUUCACAGGAACCUUCUGGAGCUCUGUGCAUUACAUUAUCAUUUUUUCCGUAUUGACAGCAUUUAGAAAUCUUAUGAUGAUUCAUUUAAAAUAAUACACAAAUCAUGUUAUUUAGAGUGUGUGAGAAAUAAUCGACAUGUUUUUUUUGUUUUACUAGUAUACUUGGGUAUUUGACCCUGUGGAAUUCUAGAUCUCAAUAAAAUGAUAUAGAAAUGUGAAUAUAUACUCAUACUUGAAGCAAGAUGAUAUGUAGUUCAGCCUCUUUAUGACUUAAAAAACAAAAAUACAUAAUAGAUUAACAUACUUAUCUUACAUAGGGGUAAAUCAAUGUUUAGAAUGUGUAUAUGUUCUGUACUUGUCUUGGUAACAACAGGGUUAAUAUGUUAUAUACUUUAAUUACAAGGAAAGCAAUGAACGCAAAAAACCAGAAAUUUUAUAGGAAUGUGCUUACAAUCGAGAGAAACGAUGUAUUGUUAUUAGAAUUUUCAAUGUUUAAACUGUUUGGUAUUACCUCGGACAAUGUGAUGACAUCAUAUUGCAGGGUGCAGUUUAAAUCAAACCAGAUUAACUGUUACAUAUUCUUUUUGUUUUACUUGCAUACCAUUCCUAAUACACACCGGUAUGUAUUCUAAAUCAUUAUUGUGUUGAUUUCAUUCAGUGAUCCAGUUGUAAUGCAUGUUAAAAUUGAAACCAUUGUUACUUUGUCAGAACUUAAUUAUUUCAGUCAUAUAGACUGAGAUUGUGUGGAAGCCCAGCUUUUUCACAUAUGUACUUACAAUUGACCAAAUACAACAGAUGGUAUAUUGACGCUGGUUACAUAAGUACACUAAAGCACUUCAUAGUGACCAGGUUGUUCAGCCUGCCUCAGGGACUAAGCUUUGGUUAUAGCCCAUUUAAACUCAAUCAAUAGUGGUAGAAACGUGAAUUUCACUAACUUAUUGUAGCAAAACUAAAUAAAUUUUGACCUUUUGCAAGAAAUUGGUACAAACUGUAUAUAUGUAUCUCAAAUCCUUGUGGUUAAUUAGGAACAUACAGCACAUUAUAAACAAAUGAUCUUUUAUUAAUAGAUUUUCUGGAGUUUUAUUUUGCAUCAACUGUAUCAGUUACCACGAAAUUUUUUUUUUAAUCGGCAUCAAGUGAAUGAUUUAGUUGUUGUUUCAGUGUUACUUAGCCAUUCCAGAAAACACUCCGUGUAGUGAUUACACUCCAUGUUUCAUAUUGUGAAUGCAACGGUAGCAGUAAUUGUAUUUGCUUAAUGUUUUUUAUUCAACUGCUAAUAUUAUUUAGUAUCAUAUUAGGUACUUGAUUGUUUCAAUGUCAUUUUGUUUUAUUGUGUGAAAAUUGAAAGAAAAAUAGCAUUAAUCAAAGAAUUUGUAUAUUUAUUAAAAUCAGUGAUUAUUGUAACCUUAAACAUUUGAAAUAAAAUGAAUUCCAAGUG